UGUAAAGACGGCUUGCCCACGCGCCCUUUUCAAUGCUCCGUAUCUUCACACACGCCCUCUAUAGUCCAGUUGGGGACCGUCCCGCGGAUCAUGGAUGUGGGCAGACUAGACAACGUGCACUGACAGGGCCCUGGAAAUUGUCAACGUAGAGCCAAGAUCAUGCAACUCCACAACUUGGCUGAGUUGAGUCACCAUGGCAGCUCUAAGGAUCAUGGUAAAAACAAUUCUAACCAGAGGGGCACUUACUUCAUACCAAACAGCUGUCACAAAUUACCAAGUUCUUCCAAGGGCCUUCCGUCAUACUUGUCAAGGUAGAACUUAUGUUUCUUUGAGACCCAACAGAACAGGUGGAAGGUUCCAUUCUCGCGCAUCAGCAAAAGUUCAGUUCUUGCAUGUGAAACUUACACAAGCAUUGUUCCCAAGGUCAUCGUAUCGAACGGCUCAUUGCCUCUACCGCAAGCACAAAAAAGCAAAAGGGCACCAGACUACUGAGAGCUCAGGUUCAAAUGAAGCAAUUGUUGAGGAUGGCUUGGAUGAGUCAGAAUGGGAUGCGAUCUUCCUGCAAGAGGACCGCAUCGCCGAGGAGGUUGACCCACCUCCUCUAGGAGGUCACCGCUUCUUAGUCCUCCAGCCCGACCUGAAGGUCAAAGGUACCAAACAUGGGCCGGAUACCAACCCCCAGCUACAACUCGAGGAGUCCAUCGCCUUGAUCGAGACCAUCCCGGGCUGGAAAGUCGUGGAGGGAUUAGUGCAAGGGGUAAAGGAACCCAGCAAAAAGUUGGUCUUUGGGAAGGGGACUCACACCCAACUGACAGAGAUAAUCCAAUCCAGGCCGGAGAUCACUGCCGUCUUCCUGAGCAUGGAGAAAUUGAGUGCCUUACAGCAGAAGGAGCUUGAAGAGACAUGGGGAGUCCGGGUGUAUGACCGAUACGCUGUGGUGCUUAAGAUCUUCAAAGAGCAUGCUCACACUAGAGAGGCCAAAAUGCAAAUUGCCUUGGCUGAGAUCCCAUACCUGAGAUCCCGUCUGCGAAAUGAGUCUAGCAGCAUGGAUCAGCAGAGGGGCGGGCAUUCCUUCAUCAGUGGGGGAGGCGAGACCUUCCUGACUGUACAGCAGCGUGUCUUGAAGGAACGGGAACAGAAAGUGCGAAAAGCCCUGGAGCAGCUGAAGAAGAAACGAGGCCUUCUCCGCAGUAGCAGAACCAAGAAGAACUAUCCAGUGGUGUCAGUGGUGGGAUACACAAACGCAGGUAAGACAACCCUCAUCAAAGCACUGACCGGCGACGUCUCCAUGCAUCCCAAAGAUCAGCUCUUUGCAACAUUGGACGUGACUGCUCACGCCGGUACCCUCCCCAACAGGAUGCCUGUUAUCUACAUGGACACAGUCGGCUUCAUCUCAGCCUUGCCUCAUAAUCUGGUGGCAUCUUUUUCCGCCACUCUCGAAGAUGUUCUGCUUUCCGACAUCAUCGUACAUGUUCGAGAUAUAAGCCACCCAGACACAGUAGCCCAGAAGGAGAAAGUUCUUCAGGUUUUGUCGGAACUUGGCGUAUCUGAUUCACUUAUGGAUAACAUGGUGGAAGCCUGCAACAAGGCAGAUAAAAUUCAAGAACCUGCUGGAGCAGAGCAUGAAACUUCCGGCAUUGUGAUCUCGGCAGAGACGGGGUUGGGUCUGGACAAACUCAGAGACUGUAUUGAAGCCAGGCUGUUGGAGGUGACCGACAUCAUUCCUUGCCGACUGGAGAUACCAAUGAGUGGCCCACAUCUGAGUUGGUUGUACAAGGAAGCCACAGUCACAUCAACAGAGGCUGUUGGCACCGACAACGAUGCACAAACCAUGAUAGUCAAUGUCAUCCUAAGAGCUGCUACCUUUUCCAAGUUCCGGUCGAAGUUUGGAGAUUUGCGAAAAUCAAGCCCAGGCUGAUAUUUUAGUCCAACUUUGAUCAUGCAUAAGAUAACACCUGGAUGAUAUUCCAUCUUCUACAAGUACAUGUAUUCCUGUUACAUCCAGUGUGUAUCAAUUAUUGUACAGAUGGGGAUUAGUACCUGCUAAUGUUGAUUACUUGAAUGAGUACUUCAAAAUGUGGAUGCAUGAAAGUACUUGAAUUAGUACCUCAUGAAAGUACUUGAAUUAGUACCUCAUG